GAUCUAAAUCACAUGAUCAAAACAGGAAAACGUCAACAUCAACAAACCUCAAUCGUAAACAAACCAGUGACCCAGUGACAGCUGAUACGAAAUGUCUGAAAUACCAGGACCAUCAGCCCUUGCUACAAUGGAUGAAAAUUCAAAUAAGGAAAACAUGGACAUAUUUUAUGAACCAGAGAAGAAGAAAGUAAAAGUAGAGGAGAAAGAAAAAGAAAAAAAUGCCCUGGAAUAUCGCCUUUCUGGAAUCUUGUGUUGCGCAGUUUGCUUGGACCUGCCCAAAACCUGUUACCAGUGUACCAAUGGUCAUUUGAUGUGUGCUGGCUGUUUUAAUCACGUACUCGCUGACUCAAGACUCAAAGAUGAGACAGCAACCUGUCCCAACUGCAGAUGUGAAAUCAGCAAAAACCUUUGUUCCAGAAACUUGGCUGUGGAGAAAGCAGUGUCAGAACUGCCGACAGAGUGCCAGUACUGCUACUGCCAUCUACCACGUAACCAGGUUGAUUAUCAUGAACGUGAACUAUGUGAGGAGAGGCCUUCGUUAUGCAAGUAUUCCCGCAUUGGUUGUUGUUGGUGUGGACCAUUUCAUGAACUGGCUGAACAUGAGAUAGGCUGUGGACAUCUCAUGAAGCCAGGAGCAGAAAUAAUGGAAUCUCUGGCAGAGGUGGACAAGUACAAUGAAACCCAACUCAAAUUGUACAAAGACAUUGUCUCACUUUUUUCAUGUGAAAAAGUCACUUUUAAUGAUUUACAGAUGAAACCCUACAGAACAGACGACUUCACCACCAAGCUAUUCUAUGAAACAAGUCGUUUCUCCGCAUUUAAUUUUCAAUGGGUCAUCAAAGCAAGAAUCAACAAUGAUCAGAAAAAUCCAGCUCUUACAACAGAUCGUACACUGUCUUAUCAACUGGUGUUGAAAUCUAAAUUUACAACACCAAUUAGUCUGUCAUUCAUUGUGUUGAAAGGCCCAUACGGUGAGAUGAAGGUCAACCCCUUCAUUUACACACAUGACUUUGUACAAGACAAUGUGGAAACAGCAUACAAUGAUUUACCAAUCAUUAACUCUGUAGAAUGUAAUAAAUUAUUAGCUGGUCGAACCAUUAAUUUACGACUUAUAAUGGUCAUGAUGAAUUAGGUACACUUUUAGGAUAUUUUAAAAAAAUUUCAUAGGAAAACAUACCAAGACUGACUGAUAUUUUACUCUUGUGUAACUGAGAUUAUACAUGUAAUUAUAAAAUUAAAUUUAUUUAUUUAUUUAUUACUGGUAUAUAUUUAUUUAAUCUAAGAUUAUCUUUAUAGAUAUUUAGAUGAAAAUGACAAUAGGAUUCUCUUAUUAAGUUUUAAAUUUUUUAUAUGUAUAUAGGAAAGUAUACAAAACAUGAAUAAUAAGUUUCUUGUUUGGGAAAUUUGUAAAAUAUAAAAUACUUAAGUACAUAUGCACCAGUUUGAAUCAAUGUUGGGAUUCUCUUUGAAGUCAAUUUAAAAAAAAAACUAAAGUAUUGUUACAAACAAAUGACAUACCACAUAAAUUAAUGCCAUUUUGUAGGAUCUGGGUAGUUCAAAAUUAUUAAAACAAUGUCGAUAUUUGUUCAGACAUUUAUUGUCAUACAUAAAGAAAUUGACAGGAUUUUGGUAUGUUAUUACAAUCAGAUGAUUCAAUUAAAGACUAAAAUUAUGGUUUGGUUGACCUUACAUGUUCCAAAUUUGUUACUAGACCUUUUCUUUGUUCUUAUUGACCCACAAUUAAUGGAAUUUUGGGCUUUAUUCCUGUACUCUGUAGCUGUGUUCAAUGUCAAUUAUACCUUGUUGAAACAAACCCAGUCAGGUAUAAUAAAAAGAGCAAUAAAUUGAAAUCCUGCAAUAUUUUAAUUUUAUCACAUCAACUAAAAGUUAUGUGAUUUCCAAUUUGCUACAAAAUAAAUUCUUCUUUUUGUCUUUUUUUUCAAAAUGAACUUAAAUACCUUGAAAGAAUAAAUAAACAUCAGCAAUAUAGAAAUAUGUGCUCAUAUACUUUGCUUGAUAAUUCAGAAAUGCUAAGCAAGUUAUAAACUCAAGAAGAAGUUAUUUCAUAAAUAUUUUGUUAACUGUUAAUGUUUUUUUUUAAUUCAGUAAUUUGAUUCUCCAGUCAGUGUUGGUAUGUUGUGAAAGCUGAUUUUAGCUCAGUUGGGGUUUAUUUUAAUACAUAAUAAUUACGGGUUAAAAAGAGAUUUCAUAUAAAGGGAAUCGCCGGCAUUCAGUAGAUACAGGUCAAGGGUAUAGAAAGUAGGCUUUUGAAAAAUGAAUUAACAUUAGAUCAUUGAAGAUACUGAGGUUCUUUGAGGCCUGUUCUUGUACAGAAAAUGAUGUUCUAUGAUAUUUUAUAAUUUGAAGCUUCUUAAAAAAAAGUACUUGUAAAUGGGGUCAGAUUUUCAAUAUACAAAUAAAGCAUCAGGCUACAUAGAGAAGUUCGUUUUAACUUAAUUAAUUUGCGUGUUUUGAGGUUUGUAUUUGAUGUCCAUCAAAAAUAUCAUCAGAUGAAAUGUAUUUUUUAAAUUCCAAAUAGUGAGCCUCUAGAUAUUCAAGGUAUUUGUUUUGGUUGGGAUAUUUGUGAGAUUGAGUUUUACUUUUAAUGUACAGAAAGAAUGCAUGUUGCAUCUACUAUUCUGAAAUGAUCUGAGAAACUUAAUUCUUUUUUCAAUUGACCUUUAAAAUACAAUUUUCAGUGAUCUCAUAACAGCUUAGAUUUUUUAUCCGAUUAGUUAUGAUCUGUAAAUAUUUUAGAACAGCUAUUUUAGAUAUCUAGAAAUACAUUUAAUUACAUACUUGUUUCAAUUUGUUUCGUUUUGUGUUGUUAUGUUGUUACAUCAUGUUAAAAGAAAAUUACCGACAAACAAUUGUUUUUUCGUGAUUUGUGUUUUGUAUUUUGUAUUGUUAUUUUGUUACAUUAUGUAAAAAAAAAUUGCAGGCAAACACAGUUUUUUUUUUAUUUAAAUUAUUUCCAUUUGUUUUGUUGGUUUUUUUUUUUUGGGUAUUUUAAGUGAUUCCAUUUGAUUUUUUUUUUAUUUGGAAUAAAAUAUAUAAAUGCAAAUUCCAUAAAGAUUUCUUUAUCUGAAGAUGACUAUAAGUUUUUAACUUUUUUGUAUUUCAUCUAUUCAUAGUUCACACAUAACUAGCUGAAAAUGCUUUUACUUUUUAAAAAAAAGUGUAACUUCAAGUGAGUAUACUUGUCUGUUGUUGGAGACUAUGUUGACCUCUAGAUGUCUUUUUUUUUUAGGUUAUUUGUAUAAUUGGGAUACUGUUCUAUUGACAUAUACCCCAAUUUACCUUUUACUCAAACAUCAAAGCUUGAUUGUAACAUUAUUUGUAUAUCAUAUUCAUCUAUAUUAAACAAUGAUUGGUAUAUACUUGUAUGCAACAUAAGGGCAAGAGUAGUUUUCCUAUUAACAUCAAUUUUAGUCUCAAAUUUGAUAAUGUUUAGUUAAAAAGUAUCGCACACAAGAUUGAGAAACUAUUAUAGUUCAACUAAAGGAUGGAAUAUUUACUAUUUAUUAAAAGGAUGUUGUAUACAAGGUAAACACCACUCUCAUUUAACAUAAGAAAGGAGGAAAUUUUUAGCAAAGGGGAAGUAUUUUUUUAAAGUUGCUUAAUUACAUAUUGCAGCAGCUGUCAUCUGCAUUUUUAUCUUACAUAUGUAAUCUUUUGUAUUCAAACAUUUGUAUUUUGUUUAAUAUUUUGGUAUUUAUUUUUAAUAUUUUCAGCUGUUUAAUAUUUUAUAUAUAUGAUACAUACCCUAUUGCUUGUAUAUACCGUUUCAUAAUUCAUUGGCCGAGAAAUAUUUCUUCGAAACAUUAUUGUAUAUUACACUGUAAAUCAUUGCAAAAAUUCAUAAAUUUAAUUACAACAGAAAUAGUUAAAAUGAGUCAAUAAUACUGUAAAUGUAAAUUUAUGAAACUGCAAAUUUAUUUCAUUUAAUUUCAUAAUGCUUAAUUUCUGGCAUACCAUUAAAAUAUAAUUAAACUUGUGAAUAAGAUCAACUUGAAUUAAAAAAAAACCGGAUUUGUACACUGAAUGAAGAUUUCUUGCUUAAAAUUGUGUUUAGAUUUUUCUUUUUCUUUUCCCUCUAAAAAAUCUAAUUUUAUGAGUAAUUAUGCAUUUUACACCAAUCAAAUGAUUGCAAUAUAUUUUAAAAAAUUGAAAAAUUUAAUGGAAUUUUGAAUUGAUAUCAGCAUUGAAUUUUUAACUUAUAAAAGUCAAUAUUAUUUUAGAAAUAAUUUUCAAUAUACUUACAAAAACUCCAACAAAAUAAGUGAGUAAUGAAGUUAAAUAUUAGUUUUUCAUCUUUAUAAAAUCAACUUCCAUAAAUGUUUAUCAGCUACAUAAUGAGGGAAUAUAUUAUUUCUUCUUUUUAAUGUGUAAGACAGUGCUGUACAUUUUUAACUGUAACUUGCCAUCACAUGUAUAUAUAAUCCUAGUAGGUUAAAGGAUAGAAAAAAUGGAUGUUGAAGUCCAAUAAAAUUCAAUAACAAUUA